AUGUCCCGCUACUGGCCCCACCCCCCCUACGCCGAGGACCAACCUCACUCCGGACUUAUCCUGUGGACCCACAUCCUCACUCGCGCUCCCCCUACCGCCGCUUUUCUCACUCCCUUCAUAUCCGCCAGCACUCUUAUCUACCGCAAACUCCCCUUACCCGCCUCCCUACUUCCCCGCUCCCAACCGUCUCCCUUUCCCUCCCAGCUCCUCAAUCUCCGCUCCAUGGGCACUAACACUCUCGGCGUCACUUCUCUCGUCACCCUCGCAACAAUUGUCCUUAUGUACGGGCGCACAGAUAUUGAAUAUCAAGAUCGCAGUUGGCGGCUCUUAGAAAACAAAGGACAGAUGGAAUCUGACGAUUGGAUGUAUGGUGGUAUGAUAGUUGGUGCUCUUUGGAAGUUCAAAUCUGGGUCUCUGGUAGAUUGGAGGGUGAGAGUUGGGAGUAUCAGCGCAGGAAGCGCAAUAGGGGUCCUGGGGUAUUUAGGUUGGAGAUAUGGAGUCAAGGGGGGAAAAUGGGAUGAAGAUGAAAGAAAUCAGAGGACUGAGAGUACGAACUUAUAA